ACGUGCCUCUAUUGAAAGGGUUGUUGUAUGGAGCAUAAUCAAUAUACGUCUUUAGACGUUGUCGAUCGUAACUCUCGCCAGACCUUCGUUGUAUUUAUUGUUGAUAUCCGCGCUAUAAACUCGAUCAGACAACGCUGAACCCAUAUACUGGCACCACAUCUUUUGCAAGUAGACCUACUUCGUCAGUAGGACCAAUUAAGUCCGACGGGAUGGAACAGAUCUGACCGCGGAAGUGGGACCACACCCUUGCUGACAUUAUAAUUGAGGGAACAAAAUCAUGGGAUUGUGAAAUGAGCCCGCCUGCAGGAGUGGUAGAGAGCAGUGAUCAGGGAGAUAUCUUACUCAUUUUGGACCAAGACAGACCGUAUCAGCAAAUCCCCAAGAUGACUCUGAGACGGAAGGUCUGCGGUGUGUUUAGGAGUCCUUACUUGGUGAUCUGUACCUUGGCAGUCUGCUGUAGCGCCAUCUACCUGUUCUAUGGUUACCAAACGUUUUCAAAAGUGCCUCGGUACGUUCAUAUUGGUCAGUUCCCUAAAUCUCCUUUACAAGAAAACACCAACGCCCUUAUCGCCAAUCAGCAAUACAAUCAAUUCAAGACUACAACAUCAGAGGAACACAAAGAAUCGCAGGACCUACCAUAUGGAAAACCCGAAGAGGACAACGGUUCACAUCCAGACUUUUUGGUUUCAGACAAGGAGGAAAAUAAAUCUUUCACCGAUGUACCAGAGCCCAGCUCUACCACAGAUAACAUCGUGCAUGGUACAAAACGCAUUAAAGCUACCUCGUUAAGUCUUGAACUCCAUAGUCAUUCGAAUACGUCCACAGCUUUCGCUGCAACCGAAAAUUCUACAUCACUUGAAGAUGAGAUAUUGAAACUUCAGACAAAGCGAAAGCAGCGAAUUGCUGACGUUUGCCACGAACACAAAUUAAAAAUCGGCGGGAACUUUCUCUACAAGGAUACUUACAGACACAUUUAUGUCAUCGAAGAACAGAAGUUGUUAUUUUGUUACAUCCCCAAAGUUGGCUGCAGUAACUGGAAGCGCGUGCUCAUGGUGCUAGAUGGGAAACGUGACGUAGCUGAUGACAUCACAAGCAGAGAGGCACACGCGCAUAAUGGAAUAACGCGUUUUGGUAUGAUCAGCAAAACGAAACAAGAAUAUCGUUUGCGAAACUAUCGUAAGGUAAUGUUCGUGCGAGAUCCACUCGCGCGUGUUGUCUCCGCGUACAAAAACAAGUUCGCGGAUUUGGCCGUUUACCGCACGGCCCCGCACGUUUUUCACAUGUUCGGGAAAAGAAUCGUUAAAAGAUAUCGGAAGAAUCCGUCUCCUCUUGCGUUGGCGACGGGCGAGAAUGUCACUUUUGCAGAGUUUGUGACGUACCUGACGACAACAAAUGAAAGGUUGGAGUUCGACAGACAUUGGAAAGAAAUGUAUAAACUUUGCUCACCCUGUCAAAUCCGAUACGAUUUUAUCGGCAAGCUGGAAAAUGCCUAUGACGAGGCCGAGUAUGUUCUGCGGAACAUGAACUUCACACGUUCCCUGAGCUUCCCGGGGCGAGAGAACAGUCACCCGACGAAUGUGAGCAGCAGUAGAACCGAUCAAUAUUUUGAAAAUUUCUCGAAAGAAACUUUGAGGGCGCUAUGGGACAUUUACCACACGGACUACGAACUGUUUGGGUACCAAAAGCCAGAUUAUAUCACGUGAUGCUUUGGGAAAGAUAGAGACAAAAUACGACCGCAAAGACUUAGGGAAAUUCAGGGGAACAUCUGUUUAAAGGCCCCCUGCAUUACUUGUAGCUAUUUGCGCCCUCUAUAUAACAAACAAUGACUAAUCGGUGACCAUUGGUCCCCCAUGGUCCUCUUUUUCUUAUGUUAACUGAGAGCUGAG